CGCGCAAGCGUAACCUCGGAAAAGCACGGGAGACAACUGCAACAGUUUCCUAUGCUUCCCUGUGCGGUUUGAGACCUAUUUUGGAGGGAAGAGAAGUAGUAUGUGGCUGAGCACGGGGAAAGUGUUGUAUUUCUCCAUGAGACAACGCCAUCAAAAGCUAAUCUGCUAACUACAUAUGUUACAUAUAGGAGAUGGCUCAGGAACCUAACGAUGCUCGUAAGAAGUUCAUUCUUAGCACUACGGGAAACUUCUAUGAGCUAAAGACACCAUCCCUUUUAAAUGACAGCCCAGAGCUCAACAACUUCUUGGAUGAUGGAAACCAGUUUGUCUUGUCUAUCACCAGACAAGAAAAUAAUCUUCGCCUAUCAAAUAAGAUCGACGCAUUGGACGGCGGCCGAGAGAAAGUGUUGGUGUUCUUCAAGCUCUAUCCCACAGUGAUCACAGAGGAGAACUUACACCAGAGCAUCCUUGUGUCGUCCAUGCUGGAAUCCCCUAUCACCUCUCUAUACCAGGCUGUGAGACAGGUCUUUGCCCCUGUGCUGCUCAAGGAUGAACGCUGGCAUUCAUCGUUUGAUCCAAAGCUUGCGGGUCUGCUCAGUGAGUUGGAGCUGGGUCUGGGCUCAGUGGUCCGCCAGUCUGGAGCACAACCUACUGACUUGAAGAAAGGACACUCGGAAGAAGAUGUUUUGGGUAUUCUUACGCCGAGUGAUGAGUUCCUGUAUUGGGCGGCCAUAUCUAAAUCUGCAAAGAAGACCAAUGUGAAAGAAAGGGCUACGUAUUUCACUGAGCAAUUUGAUAUUAUAGAGAAGGAAUAUUGUGGUCUUGAUGGUCUGUCUUUGUCCGAUGUUCUGGAUCUGGUGGACCAGAGCAGAGACACACUCGAUGGGGUCUGGCGGCAGCUUGAUUAUGAACCUUACCCAGAAACACGCAUGGUCCGACUGAUGGACGUUAUUGGCGGAGCCCUCGGACGAUACAUCCAGAAAAAGCUCAGUGACCUCAAGAUUUUUGAGCAGCCAGUUGUGUCCGUGAGGGAGAGAUGGAAGACAGGGGUAGCUAUCUGUGAGCAUUGGGUUGCAACUUGUGAGCAUCUGACUGGACAGGUCUGGAAGAGACAUGCUCCUCACCCUUGGAAGGGAAGCAAACACUGCCCACAAACCCUACAUUGCCUUGGCAAACGAUUGGAUGAGGUGGUGUCUCUGCGGGUUUUCCAUGAGAAGCUGCUGCAUUUGUUACCAGGAGGAAAGCAGCUGGCACUGACUUCAGAUUGUGUUUUUGAACCUUUUUCUGGCCUUAACCCUCUCCAGUACAACCCCUACACCGAGCCCCUUUGGAGGGCAGCAGUGGCUCAGUUUGAGCGCAUCAUGGCUCCUUCGGCGCGUGAGGUGGCUGGCAGACUAAAAAGCUACAUCGCAGAUGUACAAGACAGUCCACAACAGCUGUUGCAGGUGUUCCAAAAGCACAAGGAGUUAAUCAGGCGUCCUACCAUCAGAAAAGAGCUGCAGUCUGAGAGAGACACUCUAUUGGCCAGACUACUUGACUACAACAAGGGCUUAAAGACAGACUUUGAGAGUCGCUGUCAAGGAACUCCAGGAGAGAAGGCUGGCCCACUUAUGGGCAGAAACCUCUCUGAUGUGGUCAAUAAAAUUGUUUGGGUCCAACACUUCAUACACAAGGUGGAGGACUGUAUCCGCAUCGCUGAGGCUCUGCUGUCAGAUCUGUCAGGGUUCAGAGGGUUCGUGCAUUUCUGUGAUGACCUGCUAGAGGUUUUGAGAGCAUAUGAACAGGAACAGUUUAAUGACUGGUCGAGAGAUUUAUUGUCUAGUCUGUCUGAUCCCAAGUCAGGACUCAGUCUCCAGGCGAGUGAUCGAGUGAUGGAAUUGGACCACGCAGAUGGCAGGCUGAAGAUCCAUUACUCAGACAGAUUGGUCAGUCUGCUCAGGGAGGUCAGGCAGCUCUCUGCUCUGGGCUUUGCUAUUCCUGCUAAGAUCCAGCUGGCUGCUAAUACUGCAGACAAGUUCCACAGGCAGGCCAUUGUCCUCAAACAGGUGGCAAACUUUUACAACACCAUCGACCAGCAAAUGAUCCCUUCUCAGAGGCCAAUGAUGCUCACGCUUGCUUUGGCUUUUGAGCAAAUCAUAAAGAAUCCUCGCUCUCAGUCAAAAGAUACAGGUGGUAAACUGCACAUCACUUGGAACAAUCCUAAAGAGCUGGAAGUUUACAUCUCCAAGCUGCAGUCUGCCACAGAGAAGCUCUCCACUGAGAACAGGAAGCUACGUAAAUGGCACACAGAUUUCACAGACAAGGUUGUGACAAUAAUGAAUGUCGACUUGCUGAGACUUCAACAGAGGUGGAAAGAAGGCCUCCAGGAGCUCCGCACUGGCUUUGCCACUCUGGAGGCAAAGGGCUUUAGGGCUGAUGACAUGCAGGCAUGGCGGCAGCAUUGGAACCAUCAGCUAUACAAGGCCCUUGAACACCAGUACCAGACCGGACUGGAAGCUCUGAACAAGAACCUACCCGAAAUACACAUUGACCUCACUUUUAAACAGGGCCGGUUGCAGUUCCAACCACCAUUUGAGGAGGUACGAGCACGCUAUUACAGGGAGAUGAAGAGGUUCAUCUCCAUCCCGAACCAGUUCAAAGGUGUCAGCGCACCCGGGGAUCCAGUUAUCUUCGGUGCUAUGAUUGACAGGAAUGCCUCUGGGUUCCUCACCAUCUUCUGCAAGGCAGAGGACCUCUUCAGCCGCUUGCAGGCUAUUCAACACAAGUACAAGGAAUGGGUGGUGUUGGGCCAAGUGGAUUUGGAGAAGUUAUUACAGAAACAUCUGAAGUCCGUGCAGGAUUGGGAGAGAAAUUUCAAGGCCCUAAAAGCCAGAGGAAAAGAAUCAGAACGUCUGCCUAGCCAGGAGAAGGUUGACUGUGUCACAGUCAACUGUGAGCCACUUAAAGCUGCCAUCGAUGGGCUAAUCCAGAGGCUCUUUGACCUGCUGCUUAUGUCUCUUAGGAAGUCCAUACAAGGCCACACGCAGGCCAUAGACAGUUUUGUGUCGGAGUCAAUGGAGACCUUGUCCACACGACCAGAAAAUAUUGAAGCGAUUAGCGCUGCCAGUGGCAAAUAUAGCCAGAUAGUUGCCCAAAAACCUGAGAUCCUACCUCAGUUCAAGUCUGCGGAGGAGAAGAACCGUUUGCUGCGAGCAGUAUCAGGGGCAGGGCUGGACUCCCUCUCCUCCCUGAGGGCCAAAUGGGACAAACUGGAGCUUGUCAUGGAGAGCCAUCAGCUCAUGAUCAAAGAUCAGGUGGAGGUAAUGCGAAGUCACACGACAGAUCGCAUCAAUGCCUAUAGGGCAGAUCUGGAGCGGUUCAAGGCCCGCUGGGACCAGCUAAAGCCCAAAGAGGAGAUGCUUGAGUCUGGUGAUCAUGAUACCCUACUUGGGAGUCUUCAGACCAUCAGAGAUAAGCAGCAAGAGUUCCAGGAGUUAGAGUUAGUUCGCAGUAAACUAAUUGAGGAUUGUAUCUACUUCGACCUGGAGGUUUCAACUUUCCCUCUAGCUGAAGAGACAAAACAAGACAUAGAAGAGUAUAGCCAGAUGUGGGGUCUGUAUGAGGAGUGGCACCGAGGCUUUACCGAAAAAGCUCAGGAGGACUGGAUCUCAUUCAGGAGUAAGACCUAUCUGUUUGAGGAAUUCCUAUUUACAUGGCAGGACAAGCUUAAGAAGCUGGAACAACCUACAGCCAUUUCUGUUAAAUUGCAAGAAGAAGUGGAUAAAUAUAAGAGCAUUGUUCCAGUGCUGAAGUAUGUGCGUGGGGAACACCUGUCUCAAGACCACUGGCUGGACAUGUUCCGUUUGCUUGGUCUUCCGAGAGGGAUGACUUUAGAAAGACUCACCUUUGAUGACCUUCUUGUAGUGGCAGAUAACAUUAUUGCAAAGGCCAUGGAGCUUAAGGACCUGAACAGCCGUGCCCAGGCAGAAGUGACAAUUAGAGAAGCACUGAGAGAGUUGGAUUUGUGGGGAGCAUCAGCUACCUUUAACCUCACAGACUACACUGGCAGCAGUGGCCGCCCUCUCACCAUCAUCAAAGACUGGAAAGAUAUAGUCAGCCAGGUGGGAGAUAACCGCUGUCUGCUGCAGUCUCUGAAAGACUCUCCCUACUACCGCAACUUCCAGGACAAGGUCAGCUUGUGGGAGGUACGUCUGUCAGACCUGGAUGAAUACCUACUAAAUCUAAAUGCCAUCCAGAGAAGAUGGGUUUAUCUUGAGCCUAUCUUUGGACGGGGCGCAUUGCCCCGAGAGGAGGCCCGCUUCAAACGGGUUGAUGAAGACUUCAGGUCUAUAAUGUCAGACAUCCAGAGGGACAACAGAGUAAUUUCUCUGAGCUCAAGGGCUGGCAUGAGAAACUCCCUGGUGACCAUAAUGGACCAGCUGCAGCGCUGCCAAAAGUCACUCAAUGAGUUCCUGGAGGAGAAGCGCUCUGCCUUCCCACGAUUUUAUUUCAUAGGAGAUGAUGAUCUUUUAGAGAUUCUUGGUCAGGCCACCAACCCAACGGUCAUCCAGUCACACCUUAAGAAACUGUUUGCAGGCAUCCAUAGUGUUGUGCUUGAUGAGCAGUGCCAGCACAUUGUGGCCAUGUGUUCUUUGGACGGAGAGAUUGUUCCUCUCAGAAAUACUGUUCACAUCUCCAGCCUUGUGGAGGUGUGGUUAAAUGAUCUAUCUAAGGAAAUGAAGGUGACUUUGAGGGAAAUGCUACAUGAAUGUGUCACGGCAGGGAAAAAUGGUGAUGUCGACCCCUCACGUUAUCCCUCACAAAUUUUGUGUCUUGCAGAGCAAAUCCAGUUUACUGAAGAUGUGGAGCGAACGCUCAAGGAACACAAUUUACAGCAGCUUGAGUUGGAGCUCAAUGCCAAGCUGGAACACUACACCACUAUUGACACCAGCUCUGACGACCACACAAACACAGACACUGGUAUUCUGCAGCUGAAAUUGAAGGCCUUGAUCCUGGACAUUAUCCACAACAUCAGUGUGGUGAAGCAGUUGAAGCAAGCAGAAGUCAGCAGCCUUGAGGCCUGGGCCUGGCAGAAGCAACUUCGCUUCUACAUGGGACCUGACAAAUGCUGCCAUAUUCAUAUGGUGGAUGCACAGUUUAGCUACACCUACGAGUACCAGGGGAAUGCUGCGAAGCUGGUGCACACUCCACUGACUGAUAAAUGCUACCUGACUCUGACUCAGGCCAUGAAGAUGGGGCUUGGGGGGAACCCCUAUGGGCCAGCUGGAACAGGCAAGACUGAGUCUGUCAAAGCCCUGGGUGGGCUGUUUGGGCGCCAGGUGUUGGUGUUCAAUUGUGAUGAGGGUAUUGAUGUGAAAUCAAUGGGCCGCAUUUUUGUGGGCUUGGUGAAGUGUGGCGCAUGGGGCUGCUUUGAUGAGUUCAAUCGUUUGGAGGAGGCAGUGUUGUCUGCAGUUUCUAUGCAGAUUCAAGCCAUUCAAGACUCUCUUAAACAGCACAAGCACACAUGCGAACUGAUGGGGUGGGAGAUUGAAUUAGAUCCAAACUCGGGAGUGUUCAUCACAAUGAACCCAGCAGGUAAAGGUUACGGAGGUCGACAGAAACUUCCAGACAACCUAAAGCAGCUUUUCAGGCCCGUGGCCAUGAGCAGACCUGACAAUGAGCUGAUUGCUGAAGUCAUUUUGUACUCAGAGGGCUUCAAAAAUGGAGAAAUACUGGGUCGCAAACUGGUUGCAAUCUUUAACCUGGCCAGGGAGCUGUUGACCCCGCAACAGCACUACGACUGGGGUUUGCGUGCUUUGAAAACAGUGCUGAAGGCCUGUGGUAGUUUGCUGCAGCAACAGAGAAAGAGCCAUGACAAGGACAAGAUUCAAGAGAUCAAUCUGGUGGUCCAGGCAUUGCGACUGAACACUAUGUCCAAGCUGACGUUUGCUGAUAGCUCGCGUUUUGAUGCCUUGCUCAGAGACGUCUUCUCUGGGGUUAGUUUCACUGAUGUUGAGGACCUUUCCCUCACCGAGGCCCUGAAUCAGGUCUACAAAGAGAAUCGACUCGAGCCUAUACCCACUCAGCUCAAAAAGGCAUUGGAGCUGAAUGAGCAGCUCAGACAACGCAUGGGUGUGGUGAUCGUGGGACCAAGUGGAGCGGGGAAGUCUACUCUGUGGAGAAUGCUUCGGGCUGCUCUUAAUAAGACAGGCAAAGUGGUGAAGCUGUAUGCAGUAAACCCUAAGGCAAUGCCCAAACAGCAACUUCUGGGACAUAUUGACAUGGACACGAGAGAGUGGGCCGAUGGCGUCCUUACACAUAGCGCCAGAAAUGUGGUUAAAGAAUCCCAGGAUAUAAGCUCCUGGAUUGUGUGUGAUGGUGACAUUGAUCCAGAAUGGAUUGAGAGUCUAAAUUCUGUGCUCGAUGAUAAUCGCCUCUUGACAAUGCCAAGUGGAGAACGUAUCCAGUUCGGACCCAAUGUCAACUUCCUCUUUGAGACUCACGAUCUGAGCUGUGCCUCCCCAGCUACAAUAUCACGCAUGGGCAUGAUCUUUCUCAGCGAUGAGGACAUAGAUGUGGGCGCCUUGGUGAAAUCAUGGUUGUGGAAUCAGCCCGAGCAGUGUCGCUCUAAUUUAGAAAACUGGCUGGGAGAUUUCUUUCAACGAGCUCUGGACUGGGUCCUCAAACAGAAUGACUUUGUGGUGGAGACCAGUCUGGUGGGCACAGUACUCAAUGGUCUGUCUCACCUUAGUGCUGUGACAGAGAGGGGUCAGUUCAUCGUUAGUCUUCUCAGAGGUUUAGGAGGAAACCUCAACCUCAAAACAAGACAAGAGUUUGCCAAAGGGCUGCUAAGCUGGGCUGGAGAAACCCCACCAAACACCAGGAAGCCACUAGAUACCUACUAUGACACUGACAGAGGCCACCUUGCAGCUUAUACAUUGCAGCGGCCUGACAGUCUCAGGCUGGAGCAGCUCUCUCAUUCACAUUCACUGCCUGUUAUUGAGACUGCAGAUAUGCAGAGGGCACUGCAGUGCUUCUCCCCAUGGCUGACCGCUCAACGCAGGCAACCUUUAAUGUUGGUGGGACCAGAGGGCUGUGGGAAAGGAAUGCUCCUGCGCUUUGCCUUCUCACGGCUACGCUCCACACAAGUGGCGGUGGUCCAUUGUAGUGCCCAGACCUCAUCUCACCACGUCCUCCAGAAGCUCAGUCAGACUUGCCUGCUGCUCAGCUCCAACACCGGUCGAGUCUUCAGACCCAAGGACUGUGAGAACUUGGUCCUCUACCUAAAAGACAUCAACCUACCCAAACCUGACAAAUGGGGGACAAGCAACCUCACAGCAUUUUUGCAACAGGUUUUGACAUAUAAAGGAUUCUAUGAUGAAAAUCUGGAGUGGGUGAGCCUGGAGAACAUUCAGGUGGUGGCCUCAAUGUCAACAGGUGGUGCUGUAGGGAGUCAUUCGCUAACAUCCCGCUUUUCAUCGAUAGUUCGCAUCUGCACCAUUGACUAUCCAGACCGGGAGCAGCUGCAGACUAUCUACUCAGCGUACCUGCAGCCAAUUCUCCAACACAGUCUGGGUAGCCAAGCAUCGUGGGCCAGCACAGGGAAAACACACCAGCUGGCUGGUUCGCUGGUGCAGCUCUAUGAACAGGUGAAAGCCAAGUUUACAGUGGAUGAUCAUAGUCACUACCUGUUUACCCCGUGCAUCCUCACAGAAUGGGUCCUAAGCUUGUUACGAUAUGACCUCACUGCAGCUCAGUCAGAUGUGACGGACAGUGUGCUGGUGGUGGUAGCAUACGAGGCGAGAAGGCUUUUCAGAGACCGGCUAGUUUUCUCCAAAGAUCUUCACACCUUUGAUAAUAUCCUCUCCUCCAUCAUCCGUGUGGACUGGAGCUCUGACGCUCUUGAAAACAUGAAUGAUGGUUUCUAUGUAACGUGGGGAGCAUCUGAGGGGGCUGUAAUGACUCCGGGCCAGUCUCUGCCUCCACAUGGUAAACAACUGGGAUGCCUGCAUUCUUCUGACCUCAAGCAAGUCAUUCAGAAGGGACUAGUGCUGUACAGUCGUGAUAACAGAGAGCUGGACCUCCUCCUUUUCUGGGAAGUGUGCGACUUUGUGUCCAGGCUCGAUCGCGUGCUGAGCCGGCCCGGUGGCUCGCUGCUCCUGGCGGGUCGAAGUGGAGUCGGGCGGCACACAGCCACAUUUCUGGUGUCACACAUGCAUGGAUACCCUGUGUUUACGCCAAAGAUCUCUCGUGGCUAUUCCUUGAAGCAUUUUAAGAAUGAUCUCAAGACGGUGAUGCAGUUGGCUGGACUAGAAGCACAGCAGGUUGUCUUCCUGUUGGAGGACUAUCAGUUUGUCCAGCCUGCUUUCCUCGAGAUGGUCAACAGCCUGCUCUCGUCUGGUGAGGUUCCUGGACUAUACACCCCAGAAGAGUUGGAGCCUCUUCUCUCUUCCCUCAAAGAUUCUGCUUCCCAGGACGGAUUUACUGGACCCUUAUACAACUAUUUCUCCUUCAGAAUCCAGCAGAAUCUCCACAUUGUUCUAAUCAUGGACUGUUCAAACCCAAACUUCACCAUCAGCUGUGAGAGCAAUCCAGCUUUUUACCGCAAGUGUUCUGUCCAGUGGAUGGAAGGAUGGUCUGAAAGCAGCAUGAAGAAGAUUCCUGAGCUGUUGCUUGCCAAGGCAAGCAGUGAUGAGGAGAGGAAUGAAGGUGAAAAGAAAGCAAGGAAAGAAACUGGACAGGAAGAUGUGAGCCGUCUGUUCCUGAUGGUCCAUGAGUCAUGUCGAGAACAUGGUGCAACACCCAGCCAGUAUAUGGCCUUUCUACACCUUUACAAUGCAAUCUAUAGCCGGAAACAGAUGCAGCUCACAACGAGACAACAGCAUCUGCAGGCUGGUGUGUCUAAGCUUAAUGAAGCCAAGGCACUGGUUGAUGAGUUGAAGAGACGGGCUGCAGAGCAGAGUGUACUGUUGAAGACUAAGCAACAGGAGGCUGAUUCUGCCCUGCAGGAAAUCACCACAUCCAUGCAGAAUGCCAGCGACCAGAAGGCGGAGAUGGAAAAGAUUCAAGCAAGAAUGGCUCAAGAAGUGUCCAAGAUAGAAGAGCGAAAAGCCAAAAUUGAUGAUGAACUGAAGGAAGUAAAGCCUUUGGUGGAUGAGGCGAAGCAAGCAGUGGGAAACAUCAAGCCUGAAGCUCUGUCUGAGAUCCGCUCUCUCCGCAUGCCACCUGAUGUCAUCAGGGACAUCCUGGAGGGGGUCCUGAGACUGAUGGGUACCUUCGACACCUCCUGGGUUAGCAUGAAGAGCUUCCUGGCUAAGCGUGGCGUGAGGGAGGACAUAGUUACAUUCGAGGUCAGGAACAUCACCCCCGAGAUUCGUCAGAGUGUGGAAGAGCUGCUUUACAGGAAUAAGGCGUCCUUUGACCCCAAGAAUGCAAAACGUGCAAGUGCAGCAGCCGCCCCCCUGGCUGCCUGGGUCAAAGCCAAUGUCCAGUACUCCCAUGUCCUACAGAGGAUAGAGCCUCUUGAGCGAGAGCAGGCUGGACUAAAGGACAACCUGAGGAAAACGGAAAGUCGAAAGAAUAAGCUUGAGAGCCUGCUCAACUCUGUGGGAGACAAGGUUAAUGAACUCAAAGAGAAGUUUCAGUGUCACACUGCAGAGGCAGCAAAGCUGGAGGCUGAGGUGACAAAAGCUCAGGACACAAUCAAUGCUGCCCAGCAACUGAUUUCCCAACUGGACGGAGAACAUAAGCGGUGGAAUACACAGAUGUUGGAGAUAAAGAAUGAGUUAGAUACACUCCCUGUGAGGGCGAUGCUUGCUGCAGCAUUCAUCACAUAUUUGUCUGCAGCUCCUGAAGAUCGUCGUAGACAUUGUCUGGAAACCUGGAUGGCUCAAUCUGGACUGCAAAAGUUUAACUUCAGGUCAUUCCUGUCCUUGGAAAGUGAACAGUUGAUUUGGAAGAGUCAAGGGCUGCCGUCUGAUGACCUCUCCAUGGAGAACGCUAUUGUCAUACUACAGAUCAAUGAACUUAAGUUACGGAGUGUUGCUUGUCCUUUUCUCAUCGACCCUUCCUCCCGAGCCACAGAGUGGCUCUGCACACAUCUCAAACAAAACCGACUUGAGGUUAUCAACCAACAGGACAGUAACUUCAUGACAGCCCUGGAACUGGCAGUCAGAUUUGGAAAAACUCUCAUCAUUCAAGAAAUGGAUGGAGUGGAACCUGUACUCUACCCACUGUUGAGGAGGGAUCUCAUCGCACAAGGCCCGAGAUACGUUGUACAGAUCGGAGACAAGGUUAUUGAUUACAAUGAGGACUUCCGGCUCUUCCUGGCAACACGUAAUCCUGCUCCCUUCAUCCCUCCUGAUGCUGUUUCUGUGGUUACGGAGGUCAACUUUACCACCACAAAGGCAGGCCUGCAAGGACAGCUUCUGGCGUUGACCAUACAACAUGAGAAACCAGAAUUAGAGACGGAGAAAACAAGACUACUACAACAAGAGGAAGACAAGAAGAUUCAGCUUGCGCUAUUAGAAGAAUCACUGUUGGAGACCCUGGCUACAUCACAGGGGAAUAUUUUGGAGAACCGAGAGCUUAUAGACAGUCUGAACCAGGCCAAAGCAAGCAGUGCUCUCAUCCAGGAGUCACUACUGGAAUCACACCGUCUGCAAGCAUCUCUGGACCAGGAACGGGAUGCCUACUUGCCUCUUGCAGAGAGUGCCAGCAAGAUGUAUUUUGUCAUCACGGACCUGUCGAAGAUUGACAACAUGUACCGCUUCAGCCUUGCUUCAUUUUUACGCCUCUUCCAAAGGGCUCUUCAGGCCAAGAAGGAAGCUGAGGAUACUGAAGCGAGGAUCGCUUCAUUGGAAGCAAGCUUGAAGAGUAUGGUGUAUGAGUAUGUUUGCCGCUCACUUUUCAAGGCUCACCAGUUAAUGUUUGCGAUACACUUUGCCAAAGGCAUAUACCCUGAACUCUUCCAGGACAAUGAAUGGGAGGUCUUCAUUGGCUCCAUUGUCAGUGAAAUGUUCAAACAAGAGGAGUUCCCAUCUUGGAUCGAUCAGGAGAGACACAGAUCAUUAGCAGUUUACAAGGCUACAUUCACAGCCCUCUAUCAGUCCCUGUGUUUGAGUGACUCAGACCUUUGGCUGUCCUUCGCACGGAGCUCAGACUGCGAACAUGAAAUUCCAUCCUCCAUUGCCAAGAAAAUUACUCCCUUCCAGCAGCUGUUAUUGGUUCAGGCAGUCAGACCAGAUCGUCUGCAGAGUGCCAUGACAGCAUUUGCCUCCCAGGCAUUGGGUAUGAAGGAUCUCUCCCCUCCUCCUCUGAAUCUGCGGCGUAUUUAUGCUGAGACAUUGGAGUGGGAACCAGUGCUGAUCAUCACCUCUCCUGGGGCCGACCCCUCCCAGGAGCUUGCAGAACUCGCCACAGACACUGUGGGUCGGGAUCAGUAUCAUGAGAUCUCGAUGGGUCAGGGACAAGCUGACGUGGCCUUGGCCACACUCAGAGAAUGUUCCCGAAACGGAGAGUGGCUUUGCUUGAAAAACCUUCAUCUUGUCACAGCAUGGUUACCUCUGCUAGAAAAAGAGCUAAAUGUGCUUCGUCCCAAAGAAGGCUUCCGUCUCUGGUUGACAUCGGAGCUUCACCCCCGAUUUCCUCCCAUACUGCUGCAGUCCAGCCUCAAAAUCACUUAUGAGGAUCCCCCUGGGCUGAAGAGGAACUUGUUGAGAACCUAUGAGUCCUGGACACCGGAACAGAUCAGUAAAGGCGGUAUUCUGGCCCGAGCCCAGUCUCUCUUCUGUCUAGCCUGGUUCCAUGCUGUCUGCCAAGAGAGACGUAACUACAUACCUCAGGGUUGGACUAAGUUCUAUGAGUUUUCUUUAUCAGACCUGCGUGCUGGCUUUGAAAUCAUCGACAGACUUUUUGAAGGUGGUAAGCCUUUUCAGUGGGAGUUUGUCCAUGGCCUGUUGGCGAGUGCCAUCUAUGGCGGACGCAUUGACAACCCAUCUGACCUCCGCAUCUUGCGCUCUUACCUGGAGCAAUUCUUCUCUGCACGACUCUUCUCCUCCCUCUCAGCCGGAAAGAGCAAAGGAGCACGCUUCCUUCCGCCUCAGAUCAGCCUUCCAAAUUCUUGCUCUAUCUUGGACUACCGUGGAGUUGUGGAGAAUCUCCCAGAGGAUGACAGGCCUGCAUUCUUUGGUCUGCCUGCUAACAUAGAAAGGACCUCCCAGAGAAUUAUCAGCUCCCAGGUGAUUUCCCAACUUCGUGUGAUGAGCCGCUCAGUGGCAACAGGGUCAAAGUUUGACAGGGAGCUCUGGUCUAAUGGACUUUCACCCAUCCUCAACUUGUGGAAGAAACUCAACAAGGGUUCUGCACUGAUCCAACUGAAGGUCACGCCACCUACAGAUCAACAUGCGUCCCCAGUACUGUCAUUCAUUGUGCUGGAGCAGUUCAACGCCGUUCGUUUGGUUCAGAGUAUCCACCAAUCCCUCGCUGCCUUGAGCAAGGUGAUUAGAGGGACUGAGCUUCUCACUCCCAAGGUCCAAAAACUGGCAACUGCUUUGCUCAAUCAGGAGUGUCCUUUGACAUGGCAAAAUAUGUGGGAGGGACCUGAAGAGCCAAUGCAGUACCUGGGAGCUGUCAUAAUGCGUGCCCUCGCCUUACAGAGUUGGGUGGAACGUGCAGGCAAACAAGCUCUUCUGUCGGACACCAUGGAUCUCUCUGAGCUCUUCCACGCCGAUACCUUCCUCAAUGCUCUGCGGCAGGAGACUGCCAGAUCUUUAGGUUGUUCUAUAGAUAGUUUGGUAUUUGCAUCGUCAUGGAGGAGUCCCAUUGUUGGAGCCAAACUUCAAGCCAAGGUGGGAGGUCUCCUGCUGGAGGGUUGUAAUUUUGAUGGUGUCCAUCUUUGUGAAAACCAGCAUGACUCUCCCAGUGUGUCAGCAGUGCCGCUCUGCUACAUGGCCUGGGUUCAUCAGAAUUCUACUGCUGACCACGCUGCUUCCGAGGAGAGCAUCUGGCUGCCGCUGUAUAGCAGCUCCGAGAGGGUGAAGGUGGUCACGCACAUCAGUGUGCCCUGCAGAAGCAACCCCAGCCAGUGGAUACAGACUGGCGCAGCCCUCUUUCUUAAACAACAAUGAUAGGACAUGUGGUAGAAUGUGUUUUCUAAUUGUAUUUAUUCUAUUAAAAAAUAAAGAUGUAAUGCUAUUUGCUGGUUGUUUUCAACUGUGUUGUAGCUGUUUGUGCAUUUUAGGAGCCAUUUUACAACACCACUUUUAACUGCAAUUUUAUAAUUUUGGCCUAUUUCUUAAUGACAUUGGCACAUCCAUCCAUUUUAUAUGCCGCUUAUCCUCAGGGAGCCUUAAAUUACAAAGUUCUUUCAGUGAAGAUGGUUUAGAAGACAAUGUUAUUGUUUCCACGUAAACACUGAAAAUGGUUGUCUGUGAAUACCAUGUUCCAAAAUACCAUGUCAAAACAAUGGUGGACCAAAGCGCAUUUGUGCUUAUAACGCUCUCCAGAAAAGUGUUAUUUACCUCGCCACUCCUGUCUCACUAUUUACAUUUGUGAAAGAGCAAAUGUGUUUCACUGCACGUGUGUUUGCGUGCUGGGCUGACAGACUAUGUAAACAAUGUACAUCAUGGUACCUCAUGGCUCCCGUAUAUUUUUUCCUGUAAUCAUCUUUUCGACUGUGUUAUACAGUUGUGCAAAUGUUUGUGAUUGUGUAUGAAUGUACUUCUGUGUGCAGGCUUGUGCUGUGAGCAAGACGUGGGUAUUGUGUGUGCACUGCUGUGUAACAAAAUGGGAAUGUUACGGAACGACAGGUAGGAAAAAGGGAGAGAAUUGGAUUUUGGCACAAAGAGCAAGCGGGAAAGAGGCAGUGACACAGGGCGGUGCUGCUGGCAGUGAGGAGACAGAAAGUAUGGGGAAAUCAUUGAGAAGUAGUUAAAUAGGAAGGAAAGAGAUGACUGAAAAUGGGUGGAGAGCCAAAGUAUAAAGGAAAGAUGGAUAGAGAGGGUCAGAGCAAGGAAUAAGCAACUAAUGGAAAGUAGCAGGAGAACAGAGUGAAGCAACCGUUGAAAGAAUUUUAAGUCAAGUCAAGUUGACUUGUGUUUAAAAACUCAACUUUUCUUCAUUUGUGUCGAAAAAUUGGCUAACUUUUAAUUCUCUCCGGUUUAUCUUUUUAUGCAAAAUGGGAGAAGUAACUGCAUUAAUGGAUUUUUAGUUGUUGCACAUUGUCAAACAAAUUUAAUCUGCUAUGGACAUACAAAUUUUCAUUGUAGUGAGUCACUGAAUAAUGUUUUUCUUAUGAAAUUUAUUUUGUUUUACUUUGCCAAACUGGGCUGGUUUGCAGUACAUAUAUAAAGUGUUCCCUGCUAUAUCGA